UUUAAUUAAAUGAAACCAUAAAAUCUAUUUUGAGACCAAUCCUGUAGUUCCAGUAAGCUAGCCAUUUGAUGUCCUGAUAUAUCCUCUUUUUUUCUUCUUUUUGGGGUAUCCUUGGCUCCAGUUUGCCUAAUUAAGAUUGAAAAGGGGAAAUUGUUGCCAGUUGCAAAAAAAAAUAAAAAUUGAAUGCUUCUGGUAGGCAGGUAUUUGAUAUCCAGCUUGUUUGCAAGGGGGAUGUUUAGAGGAAUUGGGAUGGAACGGCACAGGAUUGGUGGACGGCUUUUGUUGGUGUGGCUCCUUGCCAGGCCCUUAUGUCUUUAUAUACAGUAAACAGAUGACCAGACAGUCCUGAGUGCACUUUGGUAUCCACUCUGUGUGUCUUAUUCUCUCUCUCUCUUUCUCUUCCUCUCUCUCUCUCUCUGCUCGUCUCUUUUGUCACUCCUGUAGGCUGGUGCAGGCAGGUUGCAGCUCUCUGCUCCAGUGAUCGAGCCAAAACAAGAAAACGUACUUAGUCCCAGUUCAAAAAUAUUAGAAGCAGAAGUUUUCACAGAGACAGCAUUCCUCUUUGUGCGUAAAGAUGCGUGUGCAGAUAUUCAUCCUGUCGGUGGUGUCCCUGUGGGAUCUGGCGCAGAACUUCCGCGCAGAGGCAACGUUCAACAACCACGAGCAUUCCGCCAACAUGGAAAACCUCCUGCCCAGCGUCGCCCGGCCCAGCAACCGCAGCUACACUUUCUAUGGGAUCAUGUUUGAUGCCGGGAGCACCGGCACCCGUAUCCAUGUCUACACCUUCAUCCAGAAAGAUCCAGCUGAGCUGCCAGUUCUGGACAAUGAAAUGUACCAUGCAGUGAAGCCCGGAUUGUCUGCUUAUGCUGACAAGCCAAAUGUGGGUGGGGACACAAUUAGGCAGCUGCUGAAGUUGGCCAGGAAGACGGUGCCUCGCUCCGAGUGGAAGAAAACCCCAGUGGUCCUGAAAGCCACAGCGGGGCUUCGGCUGCUCCCCGCGGAGAAGGCGAAGGCGCUGCUGGACGAGGUCAAAGAGGUCUUCAACGAGUCCCCAUUUUUAGUACCGAACAACAGUGUAUCCUUAAUGAAUGGAAAAAAUGAAGGAGUCUUGGCUUGGGUAACAGUAAACUUUUUGACAGGACACUUGUAUUCGAAUACAAAAAGGACUGUGGGAAUCUUGGAUUUAGGAGGAGGUUCAACACAGAUCACUUUUCUCCCAAAAUCCAAGAAAACCAUCACUUCUGCCCCACCCAGUUACAUUGCUAGGAUGAACAUGUUCAAUGGCACUUAUGAACUGUACACUCACAGCUACCUCGGAAAUGGACUGGUAGCAGCUCGAUUGGCAACCCUUGGAGCUCUUGGUGCUGAUGGAUUAGACUGGAAAGUCUUCACAAGCUCGUGCUUGCCCAAGAAGUUCAGAGAGGACUGGACUUUUGGUGGGCUCACUUACAAAGUCAGUGGGAUCCCAGAUGGUUAUGCAGGGUACAAGCUCUGCUACUACGAGGUCAUGAGGGUUGUCAAGGGGAUUGUGCAUCAGCCGUUCGAGGUGAAGGGGAGCAGCAUUUUCUAUGCCUUCUCUUACUACUAUGACAGAGCCGUGGAGUCAGGUCUCAUUGAUGGCAACCGUGGUGGAGUUGUGGAAGUUAGGGAUUUCAAAAAGAGAGCAAAAGAAGUGUGCAAUAAAAUGACUAAGUACCGUCCCAUCAGCCCCUUCCUGUGUAUGGACAUGACAUAUAUCACCUGCUUGUUAAAGGAGGGCUUUGGCUUCAAGGACAGCACAGUACUUCAGCUCGCUAAGAAGGUGAACAAUGUUGAGACCAGCUGGGCUUUGGGCGCCACGUUCGACUACUUUCGCAACCUGAACAUCCACUGAGGACAGAAAGGGGUCACUGGCAUGGAGGUCAGAGGUCAUUGUUGCCUGGCCUUUGCCUCACCAACACCCAGGCUGCCUCGCACUGCGGUUUCAUGUAAAACAACCCAUCGCCCUCACCUUGCAACUCACAAAUAAUCUCAGAACUGUUGAUAAAGAAAUCACUAUAUUUUUUUAAGAAUGCCAGCUAUUUCUACUGUAUGUUCAGUCCAUGAUAAGUGCGUGAGUUUAUUUUUUUUUACACAAGCGUUUACAUUUAGCUUCUUUUGGGUCUCUAUCCUAAAACUCUGUCCUGGUAAUAUUACUCAUUAUUCAAAUCUUUUAUGGUACUAAGGGAAGAUUCUCACUGUGGUUUUAAAAGGCAAGAUAUGGACAUAAACUGUAAGACCCCAGUUUGUGUUUUUGUUUUGCAGUGAUUUUGUUGUUAUUUUAUUGUAAAAUUAUUUAUUAACCAAAAAGAAAACUUUGAAAAAAUAGUUCCAGAAACAUAAAUAGUAAUGUAUGCUUUGAAGUAGCUCUUGGUAAGGAUUGAUUAGACUAAAACAAAAUUAUAAUAUCUUUCAGAUACACCCCAACUGUUCUUGCUUAUUUCUUCCUGUUUUGCACGUUACACUUUAAUUGCAGAUACUGUACCUAAUGUUGCUUAUCGUCAGCGAAGGAGUUGUACAUAUUAAUUAAUAUUAUUGGGGAAGGGGGGUGGGGUGGGGGUGGGGCUUCAUGUUUGCCACAACUCAGGGGGCAAGGAAAGCAGAGACAGAAAGUGUUAUUUUCACUGAAUAUGUCUAAUAUUUGUUAUAUUUUGUAUGUAUUAUUAAGCCUAUGAUUCUAAGCUGUGCAUUAUCAAUGUGUGGCCAUACUUAGAACACAAUCCACUCUCAUGUACUUGGACAUGACUGACUUGGAAACUUUUCCAUGGUGAUGUUACCAUUCCUUAAAUGGGCAAAAUCACUGUUGCACUCCAUUGUCGAUGGAAGGAUCAAAUGCUGGUUUCAUUUGCAAAAAUCUGAUGUACAGUCUGGUGCUUAAACGUCUCAUUAACCUUCGUGAAAAUAUUUCAACAUAACUGCAAAAUAUUUAACUCUUUUUGGUGCAGAAAAUACACUUAAUAAUAAACUGUCAUUUUAAUUUGUUUUAUUAACUGUAAACAGUGCUGUUUUUCAGUUGUAUUUGUAAUUAUUUUACCUGAAAUGUUUUAAUUCUGCAAACAUUGAAGUAACAUCAAAGGGACUGGGUAUAGAAAAAUGUAUUUUUUUCAUAAUUUCUGUAAUUUUAUUUCUGUAAUCUAUUGACAAAACAAUCCUCUUGCUUUAUUGUGAACUGUAUAAAUGCAUAUAUAUAUAUAUAUAUAUAUUCUCUUUUAUUAAAACAUUUAACAUUUGUA